UUUGAGAGGAUGAAGUCGACGGUGCCCUUUGAACAGGACGACGGGACUGUCAUUCAGAGGGUGGUGCAUUCGUUCCGUAUUCCCUGUCUUGUGGAGGUGGAAGGGGUGAUGGUUGCCAUAGCUGACGCUCGCUAUACGACGUCCAACGACAAUUCCUUCAUCGAGACAGUGGCAAAGUUCAGUGUGGACAAUGGUGAGACGUGGGAAACGCAAAUCGCAGUGAAGAACAGUCGUGUGAGUCUUAUUUCUCGUGUAGUGGACCCCACGGUGAUCGUGAAGGGGAACAAGAUCUACAUCCUCGUGGGAAGCUACAAGUGGUCGAAGACCUACUGGACCCAACACAAAGGCAAGGACUGGGAACCGCUGUUGGCUAUUGGUGAGGUGAAAAAGACAAACAUCAGCGGCAAUGUAACUGCAACCAUUACAUGGGGAAACGCCGCACCAUUGGUAUAUAGGGUUACUGGUGACGUUGCGGGGUCAUCGAUGCGCCAGUUCCUCGGAGGUGUGGGGACUGCCAUUACGACGACAGAAGGUAUUCUUGUUUACCCCAUACAAGUUAUGAACAUGAGGAAUGAUGUUGUUUCUCUCGUUAUCACAUCCGCUGAUGAUGGCAAAACAUGGAGGUUUGCAAACGGGAUGACGGAUCCCGGGUGUACUGAGCCCGUUGUCCUUGAGUGGGAAGGGAAGCUCAUCAUGAACACUCGCGUUGACGUCGGCUAUCGCAAGGUGUACGAGUCCACAGACAUGGGGGAGACAUGGAGGGAGGUUGUCGGGACACUCUCCCGGGUGUGGGGCAACUCACCAACACGGGAAGGACCCGGCAGCCAGAGCAGCUUCAUCCCCGUAACGAUUGGAGGUAAGCGUGUGAUGUUGUUUACACAUCCAUUGAAUUUCAAGGGGAGGUGGGAGCGCGACCGACUCCACCUGUGGCUGACGGACAACAAUCGCAUAUUUGAUGUUGGUCAGAUUUCCGUUGGGAGUGAGAAUGCCGCUUACAGUUCACUGCUCUACAAGGAUGACAAGUUGUAUUGUUUGCACGAAACUAAUCUUCAAGAGAUUUAUAGUAUCGUCUUUGUGCGCCUGAUUGAUGAACUAAAUCUGAUCAAGUCAGUGGUGGCGUCUUGGGUGGCGCAGGAUAACUACUUCUCGCACAUUUGUACUCCCACGGAUCCUCAGUCUCCACCCCGUGAGAAUGGAUGUGGCGCUCCUUUCCCAACCGCCGGACUUGUUGGGUUCUUGUCAGAGAGUGUUGAAGAGGGCGUCUGGCACGAUGUCUACCACUGCAUGGGGGCCAACGUGAUCAAUGCAGAGAAGGUUCCUGGUGGUUUUAAGUUCAAGGGAGGUGGAGGCGGUGCGCAGUGGCCAGUGGGUAGGCAGGGCCAGAACCAGCUUUACCAUUUCGCAAACUACAUGUUCACCCUGGUGGCGACGGUGUCAGUUAAUGAACUUCCGGCAGACGACAGCGCGACGCCGCUGUUGGGUGUGAGUCUGGACGACUCUGGGGAGCACAAGCUUCUCGGGCUUUCGUACGGGAGCAACAAGCGGUGGAUACCAAUAUAUGGUAAGCGUCAUGUAUCGUCUACGCAGCUGUUGGUGCCGAAUAAAACGUACCAGGUGGUUCUCACGUACCAGGACGGGGUGGGCUCUGUCUAUGUUGACGGUGAGCCUUUGGAGGAAUCGGGGAAGAAGCUUCCGGGUAUAUCAAAAGAAGGGAUUAAGGUUUCGCACUUCUAUAUUGGCGGGUAUGGGAGCCGGAGAAUGAGGUCCGACAGUCACGUGACGGUGACUAAUGUUCUUCUUUACAACCGUCAGUUGAACCAGAACGAGGUGAAGACAGUCUUCUUGAACAGAAACAACAUUGCGGUGGCGACGGAGGUGGUUCCAUAUUUGCAGCGGGGAAGCAUAAUCCCAAUUCUAUCGGUCGCCCCCACUACUCCUGCCCCGAUGACCGACAACACCAGUACACAUUUGCACGGUGAGAACCUACCAUCACCCGGCGCUCUGCCGGUCCAGGGCAGCACAUCUAUCACGACGAGCAACGGGGGAAAGGUGGUGGCGGGGCUUAACACCAGUGAAAUCCCUGACCCCGAGUAG